UAAGCCCGUUUUUAGUUGGAUUUUUAGUCUUGAACGCGCAACAGUGUUAUUACAUUUGUGAAACAGAUAGAUAGAUAUGGAGUGUCUAUCCUUUGAUCCAUUAAGCAAAACGCUUACUUUAAAGAAAACUUCGAUUCCGAUACCAAAACCCGACGAAGUGCGAAUAAAAGUCGCUUACUCGGGAAUUUGUGGAACAGAUUUACAUAUCUUGGAAGGUGCAUUUACAUGUAAAGAUGAUGGUCCUUUUGUUCUUGGACAUGAAUUUUGUGGUACAGUUGACGAAAUUGGAAGUGCUGUAACUAAUUUUAAAAUUGGUCAAAGAGUUACAGUAGAUCCUAACAGUGGAUGUCAUAAAUGUACCGAUUGUCAUAUUGGAAAUUAUCAUUUUUGCCGAGUUGGUGGAUUAAGAAACACUAUCGGUAUUUAUCGAAAUGGUGGUUGGGCGACUCAUGUCCUUGUUCCAGAAUCUCAGAUACACUUAAUACCGGAUAAAGUUCAAAUGCAUCAAGCUGCACUUACAGAACCAUUAUCUUGUUUGGCUCAUGGAUUGAAAAGGAUUGGUACGAUACAUGUAGGAUAUCAAGUACUGAUUAUUGGUGCAGGUAUCAUUGGUCUUUUUUGGUCUUGCUUGUUACACUUACGUGGAUUAAGAAAUACAGUAACAAUUAGUGAACCUCAAGAAAAAAGAAGAAAGAUAGCUUCCAAACUUGGUUUAAAUUACAAGCUAAAAGAACCUAAUCAACUUGCAAAUGAUCAGUUUGAUUUAGUAGUGGACUGUAGUGGUUCUGGUCCUGCUAUGGAAACAGCUAUGCAAUUGUUAAAACCUGGUGGUUGUCUUUGCAUGUUUGGUGUAGCUAAUCCUAAAACAAAGAUGUCUAUCGAACCAUAUCAAAUAUUCAAAAAGGAACUGAGUAUUGUGGGUGUGAAUAUAAAUCCUCACACAUUUCCUAGAUCAUUAUCUCUUUUGGAAGCUAUGGCUGAUCAAUAUUUAGAUUUUGAUAAAUUAGGUAUUAAAGUUUAUACUCUUUCCCAAUACCGUGAAGCUUUGGAAACACUUAAAAAAGGUGAUAUCAGUAAAGCUAUAUUUAAAUUAUAAUUUUUAUAUAUAGCUCAUUAACCAAAUUAGGAAAAGAUGACUUACAAAAUUAUUUGCAUUACGCUAGUAUCAAUUAUACGCAUUACAAAUUUUAUCCAAAUUACAUUUUUUACACUUAUUUUCCGUUAGCUUUGAAAACAUUACAAAAAUAAUAUUAAGUGAUAAAGCUGUAUCUAAUUUGUAAUUCAUACAUAUAUAUAUAUAUAUAUAUAUAUAUAUAUAUAUAUAUAUAUUUAAUAAAGCUUAUUAAACAAAUCAGAAAAAAAUAACCUUAAAAAUUAUUCUCAUUAAAGCCGUUCAUUGAUUUUCUAAUAAUUUAUGUCAACAACGAGUACAGUCGUAAUUCUUAAUCAAUUUUGAUGAACUAGACCUCACUUUAAAGAUAAAGAUUUAAAAAGAGAAUAUGAUCAAAUUUUUACAAAAGCUUUUUCUUUAAAAAAAAAUCGUGUUAAAUAAUGAUACUUUUGGAGAAUAGUUUAUACAUUAAAAUAAAGCUUUUUCAAAGAUUCGAACAAGCUAUAUUCUCGUUUAAAUCUUCAUCUUUAAAAUGAGACAUCGUUCGUCAAAAUCUGUCAAGAAUUACGCUUGAACUCACUGUUACCGUAAACAGUACUGUUAUCGACAUUUUUCAUAUAAAAAAAGGUUUUGUAUA